AUGAUAUAUGUCCCUGUAAUAGAAACGAUAUAAGUGACGAAAACAAUUGAAAAUGAUAGAUUUGAUGCUUCUCCUAAUUUUCAAAGGUUCAAAUAUAAUAAUGUGUAUUAAAAUAAUUUUUCUCUGGCCUGCAAAAUUAAUAAUAACCCAAUAAAAGCAACAUCAAAUAAACAUUCUGUUGUUUUUGGAUCAUCUUAAGAAAGAAAAAGAACAUCAAAAUUAAUUUUGCCAUCAUUACAAUAUGACUUAAACUUUAAGUCAGUUGAUAGACACUAAGCUUCACCAAAAUUAAGAGUUCAGAGAACUAAAAGAAUUAAAUCAGAGAAAUCUGAUAAGUAAUGCUGCCAUUCUCCAAUAAUAAACAAAACUGAAACUAUUGUCUAAACUACCACAGCAACUGAAUUAAACUAUCUAUAAAAAUUAAUAAAAAGGGUUAAGACACCCAGAAUUGAAAAAAAACCUAAAAUAUCACUCAGAUAAGAUGAGUUUAUUCCGAUGAAUUCUUAAGAACUUAAAGAAAGCUUAUUCUCAUUGAUGUAAAAAUUUUCUCAUUAACAAGGAAUAAAUAUGGUAUAAAACAAAAAUGA